GUGUGUCGAGACAACCAUUGCCAAUUGAAUAUUCUUUCACAUUACCUUAAAGUCAACCACACUACCUUUACCACUGAUACUCCAUAUGUUACCACUGUUGAUAUUUGUAAUGGAAUCACCAACAGGACAUUUACGCCAACCAAUGACUCCUUAAUAAGCAAAGAGGAAUGGGAAUCUCUGGUCACAAAGCUACAAUGGACAUUACCGCCUGUUGACCUCUUAUCCACAGAUGAGGCCACAAACCCCACUAAGUGCUCAUUCUCUGUUGUCAACCCCAAUUCAAACCACACAGUUGGAGGGUUUAUAGAUGUCAUUUUGAUAGCUAGAGAUACUAAAAACAGGAUCAAAACCUAUGGAGGGGACUUUUUUCAGGCCAAGUUGUUUAACGCAGAACUUAAGGCAGUACUUAUGGAGCUGUAACAGACCAUUUUAAUGGCACCUACACUGCCCGCCUGGCCCUGCUUUGGCCCGGACCUGCCAAGGUGUCCAUCCGCCUAGUGCACUCCAGUGAGGCCGUGCAGGUACUGUGCAGGCAAAGGGAACAGGACCCAGAUAAGGUCUACUUCCAAGGCUACUUUGAGGAUGGUGGCAAGCAGGAAACAACGAUGUGCAAUGCCCAGAGAAGUCCUAGGCUGGUGGGGAAUGACUUGCAGUGUUGCUGUGAGUACAGAGAGCCAGUCACCGGAGAGUCCUGGUUCUGUCGUCGGCCAUCUUCCCUGCCCUGCCAUGCUUUGACCUACCACAGCAUGGGUGGUUACCAGGCAGUACUCUCCAAGUUGGAGACAACUCUUGUUAAUAGGUAGAUAUCUUUCAAUCGGGUGUCAAAUAUGCAGGUUGGGGGUCAUUGUUUACCCACCAUCUGAUUUAAUGUGGCCCCUCUUGUUAUCCAAACACAAUCCUAUCCUAUUAUUUGAAAAUAUUUUAUGUUGGGGAAAGAGGAACUCACAUAACAUUGGUGAAUUGACAAUUCAUGCUGUUCAAAAAAAUAAAGUAAAAUCCUAUUAUUUGAAAAUAUUUUAUGUUGGGGAAAGAGGAACUCACAUAACAUUGGUGAAUUGACAAUUCAUGCUGUUCAAAAAAAUAAAGUAAAUUGCUGUAGACCCAAUGUUAGCAGAAAUGUCUACAAACCAUGACUGCACUGCAUCCUGUUCCAUCACUUAAUGGUAGUGUCUCCAAAUUAUUGAUUGUUGUUCUUCACACUCAAAUAAUAUUUCAUUUUUUGAAGAUUCACAAACAUUAUUGUACCAUAUGAUAAUUCAGUUGUACAUGUCCAGCAACAGGGCAAGGAAACCCGUAAGUCACUACAACAUAUUCCCCCUUCCCCUCCUGUUACUGUAAUACCAUUACACAGAAUACAGCAGUACCUUGGGUUACUGUAAUACCAUUACACAGAAUACAGCAGUACCUUGGGUUACUGUAAUACCAUUACACAGAAUACAGCAGUACCUUGGGUUACUGUAAUACCACUACACAGAAUACAGCAGUACCUUGGGUUACUGUAAUAUCACUACACAGAAUACAGCAGUACCUUGGGUUACUGUAAUACCAUUACACAGAAUACAGCAGUACCUUGGGUUACUGUAAUACCAUUACACAGAAUACAGCAGUACCUUGGGUUACUGUAAUACCAUUACACAGAAUACAGCAGUACCUUGGGUUACUGUAAUACCACUACACAGAAUACAGCAGUACCUUGGGUUACUGUAAUACCACUACACAGAAUACAGCAGUACCUUGGGUUACUGUAAUACCAUUACACAGAAUACAGCAGUACCUUGGGUUACUGUAAUACCAUUACACAAAAUACAGCAUUCCCUUUGGUUACUGAAAUCCCUUUUACACAAAAUCAGAAAGGUACCUUGGUUACUGAAAUUUACCAAAACACAAAAACAGCACCCCCGGGGGUUUUAUUUGAAAUUACCUUAAAACAGAAUAAAAGCAGUACCGGGGGUUUUACUGUAAUACCAUUAAAACAGAAACAGCAUUUACCUUGCUUUACGUAAUACCAUUACCAGAAUACACGUCCCUUGGGUUACUGUAAUAAAACUACCAGAAAAACAGCCCCUCCCUUUGGGUUACUGAAAUACCCUACACGAAUACGCAGUACCCUUGGUUACUGAAAAUACCUUUAAAGAAAAACAGCAGUACCGGGGGUUCCUGUAAUCCCUUUAAACAGAAACAGCAGUCCCGGGGGUACUGAAAUUUCCCCUUACACAGAAUACAGCAUUUCCCUUUGGGGGGUUACUGUAAUACCAUACCAAAAUACAGGUACCUUGCAUUCUGUAAUACCAUUACACAGAAUACAGCUUUCCCUUGGGUUCUGAAAUUUGCCUUAAAACAGAAUACUGCAUUUUUCCUUUGGGGUUAAAGGUAAUACCACUACAAAAACAGCAGUCCCUUUGGGUUUAAGGAAUACCAAAAACAGCUCCCGCAUCCCUUCCCAUUACGGGUAAUACCUUUACACAGAAUACAGCAAAACCUUUUUGCAUUACUGUAAAAAACCAUUACACAGAAUCCCGCAUCCCUUUGGGGUUUUACUGUAAAAACCUUUACCAGAAAAAGGGCAGUCCCUUGGGUUACGGAAAACCACUACCGGGAAACCCGCAGUACCUUGCUUUUAAACUGUAAUACCAUUACAAAGAAAAACAGCGUCCUUGGGUUACUGAAAUUUCCCAUUUACACAGAAUACGCAGUCCCUUGGGGGUUUUCUUUUAUCCCACUCCACAAAAUUAAAGCAGUCCCCCUUCCCAUUACUGAAAAACCCACUACACAAAUUAAGCAGUCCCUUUGGGGUUACUUUUAAUACCCUAACAUAAUACAGCAUCCCCUUCCCUUACUGUAAAACCAUUACCAGAAUACGCAUUCCGGGGGGUUUACUGUAAAAAACCAAACAAAACCGAAUACAGCAGUCCCUUGGGUUACUUUUAAAUACCAUUAACAAAAUAAGCAGCCCUUGGGGUUUACUGUAAACCAUUAAAAACAAAUACACAAAACCUUGCAUUCUUUUACCAUUACACAAAAUUUACAGCAGUUUUUUGCAUUUUUUGAAAUACCUUUACACAGAAUACAGCAGUUUUUGGGGUUAUUGUAAUCCCACUACAAGAUACAGCAGUACCUUGGGUUUUUGAAAUCCCAUUCACAAAAUACACCCUUCCCUUGGGUUAUUGAAAACCCACUACCCCAGAUGCAUUACCGGCAUUAUGUAAACCAUUACAAAAUACAGCAGAAACCUUUGCUUUAAACUUUUUUUAAUACCAUUACCAAUACAGCAUUUCCUUUGGGGUUUAUUUAAUACCAUAAAACAGAAUACAGCAGUACCUUGCUACCUACAUAAGUCACAAUCUUUAAACAAGUCAUAUCCUUUGUUAUCUGGUAUAAACCUGGCUUGUUAUCAACUUGCAAACUGGUGUCAUUAUCACAAAUCAGCGUCCUCUACCUCGACUAACCUGUAUCCCCGUACAUUGACUCGGUACCCCCUGUAUAUUUGAUUUAGUAAAUAUUUUCUUAACUUUUUCAUGCAUUGUUGGUUAAGGGCAUGUAAGUUAGCAUUUCACGGUAUUCGGCACGUGAAAAUAACAUUUUAUUUCAUGCUAGCGAUGCAGAUUCGGCUCAGAUGAUCUAACAAUGAUUUCUCUCUCUCUAGGUCCAAACACAAAAUGCCGUCCUGGUUUGCACACCCCAGUACCGUCUGGAUUCUACCUCCAGGAUCGCUGGACGUCCAUGGUGUGUGACUCAAAAUCAUUUCCCUCAGCUAAACUGAUAUCUGGAUGCCUGAAGGACAAACAGAUCCUUAUGAUGGGUGACUCCACUCUCCGUCAAUGGUUGGAGUACCUGGAGACAACUGUGCCAACACUGAAACGCCUGAACCUUCACACAUCAAGCAAAUCGGGCCCCUUUGAGGCAGUCGACACCCAGUCCAACACCCGUAUCAUCUGGCGGGCCCAUGGGAUACCUAUACGGACGAGCAAGACCCCCUGGGCUGACCUCCACUACAUCGCCAGGGAGGUGGAGGGUCUGGCAGGGGGUGCACACUCUGUAGUCGUCUUCACCAUCUGGGCUCAUUUCACCACGUACCCACUGGCUGUGUAUGCACACCGCCUGGUCGUCAUCCGUAGGGCUGUGGCGUCGCUGCUAAGACGAUCUCCCACUACUCUGGUAGUGAUCAAAUCAGCCAACACGGGCUACAAGGAUGUGUACGGCAGCGACUGGCUCUCCUGGCAGCUCGACAUGGCUCUAAGGGAAAUAUUCAGGGACUUGCCCGUGGUCCUCAUUGACGUUUGGCAGAUGACCUCCUGCCACUAUUCUCCGGAUAACAUUCACCCGCCCCCCGUGGUGAUCCAAAAUGAAGUGGACCUCUUCCUGUCCUUUGUUUGUCCGCAGUGA